GCUAUGGUUCCAGCCAGUAGCAGGCACAUGCAUCCAACUCACUGAAGUGGACCUCAGCCACUUACUGUGGCUAGUGCUUGCAUGUAAAAGGACGCAUCUGUAAUUUUACAGUGAAAGUAAACCAUGACAGAAACAGAUGGCUUCUACCGAAGCAGGGAAGUGUUUGAUCCAGCAGAACAGUACAAGAUGGACCACAAGAGGAGGGGAAUUGCCCUAAUCUUCAACCAUGAGAGGUUUUUCUGGCACCUGAUGCUCCCAGAGAGGCGGGGCACCAGAGCAGACAGGGACAACCUAACUCGAAGGUUUUCAGAACUAGGAUUUGAGGUGAAGUGCUUUGAUGAUCUCAAAGCACAGGAACUGCUGCUCACAAUUCACGAGGUGUCGACCUCAAGCCAUGUAGAUGCCGAUUGCUUCCUGUGUGUCUUCCUGAGCCACGGGGAAGGCAACCACAUUUAUGCAUAUGACGCCAAAAUUGAAAUUCAGACAUUGACUGGCUUGUUCAAAGGAGACAAGUGUCAGAGCCUGGUUGGAAAACCCAAGAUAUUUAUCAUUCAGGCCUGUAGGGGCAACCAGCAUGACGUGCCAGUGGUUCCUCUGGACGUGGUGGAUCAUCAGCCGGACAGGCCGGACAACGUCACCCAGGUGGAUGCCGCCUCUGUGUACACCCUGCCUGCGGGGGCAGACUUCCUCAUGUGCUACUCCGUCGCGGAAGGGUAUUACUCUCACCGAGAGACUGUGAACGGCUCCUGGUACAUUCAGGAUUUGUGUGAGAUGCUGGCGAGGUAUGGGAAUACCUUGGAGUUCACGGAGCUGCUCACGCUGGUGAACAGAAAGGUCUCUCAGCGACGUGUGGACUUCUGCCAGGACCGAGGUGCGAUUGGCAAGAAGCAGGUUCCCUGCUUUGCCUCAAUGCUGACCAAAAAGCUGCAUUUCUGUCCCAAAUCUACCAAGUAGGCUCAUCUCUAUAUAUAUUUCCCUUUUAUAUAGUGGUCAGUCUGUUGAAUAUUUCAAGGUUUAUUAAGAUUCCAUGGAAAAGCAAUGUUUUGUGUUUGUUAUUUUUCAAUCAUGUUGGGCAUGGUGAAAAGACUAAAAGAAAUCCUCAGGAAAUUACUAUGCGUAAAUGUCUACCAGCAUUUAUUACAUUUUUAGCAAACUGCAAGAUUACUCAAAAUGCCAGUUAGUGCCUUACAUUUUAUGACACUAUUUAUACAAGUUUAUUGUAGAGUAUUUUUAAAAGAUUUUUGAAACUCGAGAAUGAGAUUGUUUUCACUUAAUAAAAUACCUAAAACUCA